UGCACGCAUGCGUCUCAGAGCGGCGACACCAUUUUAGAGGAGGGAAGGAAAACGGACACUUACUGACAAUCAGUAAUAAUAUAUCAGCAGUUUAACUAAUAAGAGCUCAUGUGUGUGCUGAGAAACAGGGACAGAUAGAAGAUCCUCGCUGGUCCACAGAAGAGCCGGGCUCCGACAUCAGCUCAGCGUCUGUUCUGGGUGUAUUGUUGUUAUUGUUGUGUGUUUGUGUGUGUUCGGGAGAAACUGAAGCAGUGCGGUUCUGUCCUCAGUCCAGAUGGACGGAGACGAGGAGAUCCGUUCAGAUGAUGGCAGCGCUACUCCAGUUCAGGACGAGAAGGACGAGGCGAGACCCGAAUCACGACAGUCUGAGGAUGAAGGCAGUGAUAACGAGGACGCCGCUCACCACAGGAGGUCUGAGAACGCAGACAGCGGGUCGGAUCACGGGGCUCGUGGAGGAGGAGACGCGAGCGAUUCGGAGUCCGAGCCGCCGCGGCCCGCAGACAGUGAGGAAGAUGAGGUGGGCAGCUCUCUUGUGAAGCGAAGAGCGAGCACCUCAGACAUGGAGGAGGAGGAGAAACCGCACCCAGCCAGUGACUCCGAGCCGGAGGAAACCGAGAAGAGACACAGCCCUAAAUCAGACGCGGGCAGCGAUUCAGACGAGGACAAACCCAAACAGAAAACUCUGAGAGACUCUGAGGAGGAGGAGAAACCGCACCCAGCCAGCGACUCCGAGCCGGAGGAAACCGAGAAGAGAGACGGCCCUAAAUCAGACGCGGGCAGCGAUUCAGACGAGGACAAACCCAAACAGAAAACUCUGAGAGACUCUGAGGAGGAGGAGAAACCGCACCCAGCCAGCGACUCCGAGCCGGAGGAAACCGAGAAGAGAGACAGCCCUAAAUCAGACGCGGGCAGCGAUUCGGACGAGGACAAACCCAAACAGAAAACUCUGAGAGACUCUGAUGUGGAGGAGGAGGAGGAGGAGGAAGGAGGGAGGAAGCAGAAGGGAAAGUGGAAAGCUGUGAUGAACUCUGACAGUGAGGAUGAGGACGAGAGACCGAAACGGAAAACAGGAAGUGAUGAGGAUGAAGGGCCUAAACGACGGGCUCUGGCCAGUGAUGAUGAUGAUGAUGAAGAUGAGAAGCCUGAGGAUGAGGACCGAAACGGAAAACAGGAAGUGAUGAGGAUGAAGGGCCUAAACGACGGGCUCUGGCCAGUGGCCAGUAUGAUGAUGAAGAUGAGAAGCCUGGUGUGUGUGUGUGUGUGUAACCGUCUCUUUCUGUCCCUCAGGAAAAUGAUCGCAGACAUCUUUGGAGAGUCCGGCGAAGAGGAAGAGGAGGAGUUUACGGGCUUCAAUCAAGAGGAGCUGGAGGCCGAGCGGCCGCAGGCACCGGGACACAAGGGACUGGAGAACGACUCGGAUUCAGAUGAAGAUGUGGACAGAGGAGGAAAAGACAUGUCCUUCAUGUCAGACUUUGAGAUCAUGUUGGCCCGUAAGAAAGCUCAGAGCGGCAAACGCAGACACAAUCGAGACGGAGGGACGUUCAUCAGUGACGCCGAUGAUGUUGUGAGCGCCAUGAUCACCAAAAUGACAGAAGCUGCAGAGGAGGACCGGACUCUGAACAGUCAGAAGAAACCGGCUCUGAAGAAGCUCAUGCUGCUGCCCACAGUGGUGAUGCAUUUAAAGAAGCAGGAUCUGAAGGACACGUUCAUAGACAGCGGUGUGAUGAUGGCUAUAAAGGAAUGGAUCAGUCCUCUCCCGGAUAAGAGUCUCCCAGCGCUCAAGAUACGAGAAGAGCUCCUCAAGAUCCUGCAGGAACUGCCCAGCGUGAGUCAGGAGACACUGAAGCUCAGUGGAAUCGGUCGAGCCGUCAUGUACCUCUACAAACACCCAAAAGAGUCUCGCCCGAACAAAGACCUCGCGCUCAAACUCAUCAACGAGUGGUCACGGCCCAUCUUCGGUUUAUCGUCCAACUACAAGGGAAUGACGAGAGAAGAGCGAGAGCAGAGAGACCUGGACCAGCAGAUCGCCCCACGCAGACGCCUCAGCUCCGGAGGACAGACUCCUCGCAGAGAUCUGGAGAAAGUGCUGACCGGAGAGGAGAAGGCGUUGCGGCCGGGUGACCCGGGUUUCUGUGCUCGAGCUCGUGUGCCCAUGCCCUCCAAUAAGGAUUACGUGGUUCGACCCAAGUGGAACGUGGAUGUGGACUCAAACAGAGCUCCGCUGAAGAAGGGUUUGACGCGAGUAGAUAAACAGAUGCGGCGUUUCGCAGAUAUCAAGCGCUUGACGAAGACGGGGCACGCGGUGAAGAUCAGCGUGGAGGGGAACCGCAUGCCGCUCUGAGAUCCAGUCUUUGAUUCUCCAGCAGUUCUGAGUCAUAUUGUGUGUGUCUGUGCUGUAGCUGCAUUUGCUGUGUGUUCAGAGAGCUGCUCUGCGAAUGUUUUGCCCUUUGGUUCUGAUGUAUCUUUCAUAAUAAAGAGUUUCCAUGUCCGACAUUUUACUCCUGUUCUCCUGGCCUUUUGC